AUGGCAGCGAUGACUGAGAAUACUUGGUCAGCCAGUGAACGAAUUCGAAGUGAUAUCAAUUUUAUUUACAAAAACAGGAAGGGUGAAAGUGAAGAAAACUCAUUAUGGGAUCACCUUCCUGAUCUCCAAGAAUCAAGGGAUCACCUGACAUGGGAUCAAGCUAAAUCAUGGGGAUUCAAAGAGUUCCAGGCCAGAGGUUUGUGGGCCUUGGUUCAACAGCUACAGAACCUACAGAGACAGCAGCAGAUGGCAAUGGAUCAGAUGUAUGAGGCCUUCAAUUUCAUGCUUGCUAUUGAUCAAGGGUCCACAGGCGCAACCAUAGAAGUUAACAAAGACAUCCAUGCAAGACAAUUUUCAAAUAAGAUUCAUAUGUUGAAGUAUCUAGCUGAAGAUAUAAUUGACUCACGGUUUGGAACUGUAGGAAUCCUCAAGGAGAUGGAGGAAGGCCAUUUUGACCUACUGAGCCAAGUAGACAGGGAGAAACUUAUCUCCACCCUACAACAAAAGUUUUGCAUGUUAUGA